GCACCUGUGAUGAAUAGUUGCUGAGAAAAAUGAGACAUAAAUUGACAGACAGAUGGACAGACAAACAGACACACACACAAGGGUAAAACAGUAUACCCCCUUCUCCUUAGGAGCAAGGGUAUAAUUAUGGAUAUAGCGAAGUAUAUCCACUCAACUGAGUUGAUCCACUAAUUUCAAAUUUAAUGUUCAUUAAAAUGCAAUAUCUAACAAUAUGAUGUGUUGUUAGGAUAAAAUUUACGUAUCCUUGAAACUGUGAUUUUCACUUUAUCCACGAAAAUUGAUGCCCCCAAAUAUUAAUGAAACAACAGCACAUGAUUUCUAAAUUAAUAAACCAUGCUUAUUAUCCUCUGAUGUAUGUAAUUAAUUUCACUACAUGUAAAAGUUUGUUAUAGCUACAAUCGACUUUUGAUUUGCACUUCCUUGAUAAUACACAUAUUGUGUACAUGAUCUAGGCAUUACAUGUACUAAUAAAAAGGCUGUGUUAAAUAGCUGGGGAGGAAACCAGAGGAAAGUUCAACAGGAAAAACCUCCUCCAGGCCCUGGAAUCCUAAAAAUGAACACGCUGAAGAAGAGAGCCCAGUCCUCUGACAACGUAAGCGAGCUACAGGAAGAGGGAAAGCAUGCCAUAGAAGCUCCAACCAGCCCUACCGUCCCUGACAUCGGGCCCGAGGGCUACACACUGGAUGAAAAUGAAGAGCGGUCCAUGAUUGAACCACAGUCAAGGGAUGACCCCAAAGUCAGAGACCUGAUAAAGAUGCUGCUGGACUGGAUCAAUGACGUUCUUGCUGAUGACCGGAUCAUUGUCAAGGACAUUGAGGAGGAUUUAUUUGACGGACAGAUUCUCCAAAAGCUGAUUGAAAAGUUGGCAGGGUUGAGAGUCGAAGUUCCUGAGGUCACACAGUCAGAGCAAGGUCAGAAACAGAAACUACAAAUUAUCCUCACCGUCAUCAACCGAAUUCUACAACAGAGCCCCCCCUGGACCCAGAGUAAAUGGAGCGUGGACAGUGUCCACUCUAAGAACUUGGUGGCCAUUCUCCAUCUCCUGGUUGCCUUGGCCAGACAUUUCCGAGCUCCAAUCAGAUUGCCAGAAAAUGUUUCCGUAAACCUAGUCGUUGUCACGAAGCGAGAUGGAAUGUUACAGCCCCGGAGAGUGGCCGAGGAUAUCACUACUGUCAACGAAGAUAUAGGGGCGAGAUUUGAGCGAGAUGCGUUCGACACGCUGUUUGACCAUGCCCCAGAUAAACUCAAUCUCGUCAAAAAGACUCUGGUGACAUUUGUGAACAAGCAGCUGAUGAAGAUAAACCUGGAGGUGGCCGACAUUGAAUCCCAGUUUCAUGAUGGAGUUCACCUAGUUCUAUUGAUGGGAUUACUGGAGGGCUACUUCGUACCACUGUAUGAUUUUCAUCUGACACCUGAGGACUUUGAUCAGAAGGUCCAUAAUGUGAACUUUGCCUUUGAGUUAAUGCAGGAUGCUGGUCUCGCCAAACCAAAGGCCCGGCCUGAAGAUGUUGUGAACCAGGAUCUGAAGUCCACCCUCAGAGUUUUAUACAACAUCUUCACCAAGUACAAAGGUCAAGGCUUGUAACCAUGGAAACUGUAACCAAGACAAUCAGGAUGUAAAGAAUACUCAUGACACAGAAACCACAUGAAAGACAAAACGGUUUUCAAAGUUGGAAUUGGACUUGGGGUUUUUUCUCUGCAGAAAAAAUGAAAAACUCUCAUUUAAUCAUAUCUCACUGCCUCGAGCUUUGAAAACUGAAAUACAGAGUUAUACUCUUUUCUUCUCUUUUUUGUAGAGACAAUUUUAAUUAGCGACUUAUGUGGGCUUCCAAAAUUUUAUUUUUAUUGUUAAGAAAAAACAUUUUGUGUGUGACUGUUACAGAUAUCUCAAUGUGAUGAUUUUUCAUAAGACCUCUGACUAUAUUAGUUCACUUCAAGGUCAUUUCCAAUAUGCUGUAUCAGAUUUACUGAAUUACAAUAGGUAUACCCCGUUUGAAUUGAUUCAGGUUUUUUUUUUUUUUUACCUGGCCUGUUUAGUGCCGAGUCGUUAGAAUUAUGACAUGCCUGAUAACCCGGGAGCUUUGAUAAGUUUGUUGUAGAGAAAACAGAGAAGGCCCUUGAUCGGAAGUUGUGACAACUCGUGAGUCAUCAGGGAAACAGUCCCAAUGCUACCAGCUCUGUUACGUAACAUGCACUUUGAUGGUCUGUCUAUCUGUAAGACCUACACACAUGUACCUUGUGUAAAUUUUUUACUCUCUGCUGGCUACGGCCACUUUUUAUUCCGUUAGAUGCCUGUGCUGAAUUACUGUUGGUAGGGACCCUGAUUAAUGUACAGAGACAGAGACCAAAUAAAAGCACAAACUUUUGUUGGUUGUUACGACAAUUACAGGGGACAUUAAUGUCGCAGUGUUACCACAUUUUGUUAUACCUGCCCGUACAUGUUUGUUCCGUUCCUCUGAUGCUGAAGUGAUACGCGUUCUCCGUGCUGUGGAGACUGGCAGUAAUUGAGUUAGGCCUACUUUAAUCAUCUAACGGAGUGCCUUUUCUAAUCCCGCCUAAAUGUCACUGAUUUUUAAUAUUGCUGUAAGUUAGGCCCCAGUUAUAAGUUUAUUCCUUUUUUCAAUUACACCAACUGCCAAAAAGUGGUGGUUAUGGCUAGGAACCUAAAUUAACACAGUCAUUGUAAAUGACACUGCAUUACAAACGCUGGCAUGGAUCCCCUUAACUGCCUGUUUAAUAGGGUCAUUACAUCCCAGAUUACCAAUCAUUUCAGCCUCCGAUUUUAUUUCUGGGUACCUGAGUUGGAGGCUAUGUAAGAUUGAUAAAACAAAAGAAAAGAUGUUUGUCCUGUGGUGAUCAGCUUCCAUCACUAGUGUGGUAUUCCUACGUGCCCGUUAAGUAUAGUAUACCCCAACAGCUUCCAUCACUAGUGUGGUAUUCCUACGUGCCCGUUAAGUAUAGUAUACCCCAAGCCCGAUACGUAUAGUAUACCCCAAGCCGUUAGGUAUAGUAUGCCCCAAGCCCGUUUAGUAUAGUAUGCCCACAUGCUCCAGCGAUUAACACCCAUCACUAAGAUUCAAGCACCGGGGUUGUUUUUGGCAUCAAAUGAGUUCAGAACAUUGGUCUUUUAAUUGAGAAGUACAGAUUCCAGUCAUUGGAAUAUAUUAUUGAUAGAUUGCUAAAUUUAUUUGAAGUUAAAAACAAAACCAUUUAUGCUGACAAUGUGUUUACUUAACCUGAGAAAAAUCGGUAAAGAUGAAAUGUAUGUGUAUGUAUUUAUUAUGUACUAUGGUAUCAUUUAGAAGAUGUCUGUUCUAUGUCUGAAUUAGAAAUUCAUAGCGUGUGUUAUCGUUGUACUUUUUUAUAUCCAUUAUUAUUUAUGGUGCUACUUUGACAAAUGUUUUAUUAAUAUUUUUAUAUAGUCCGCUAUAGAAAGUGUUUAUUGUCCGCAAAUAAAAAAUAUGGAAUAUAUUA